UUGAAUUCCUUUGGGGAUUGAGAGUUCAAUAUUUUUCCUGAUGCUCGCAGGUGCUCAUAGGAGGCCAGCUGAGGUCCUGGGGCAUGUACACAUUGCGACACGUGUGAAGCCUGCAGAUUCACUUUGGGCAAUGGGUGAGGGUGGGCCAUUGGCGACCCUCCCUCUCGUAGUGGGUUCGCUGGAAAAGGAGACACUGCAGCCAUGCAUCAGCGAUGUGUACGUCUCAGCAGCCGCUUCCAUGCUGUCCGCACCUCUGCUUCGGGUUAUUGCGAGGGCUCUUCUUCACCCAGGGAAUAUGGAUGAAGUGGCUCGGAUCAACGCUCCUCGGUUGUUGGCUCAUCUUCUCUCGCAUGUUCUGACUGUGCCGGCUGCGGCAGACCAUCACCACUCGGUCUCCUCCAGCGCAAACAGUGCCAAGAAUGAGAAGCGGGAUGAAGAGAUGGUGGUUGCUGUCAUUUCGCUCGUCCAGGCAUCCAAAGCAAAUGAGGUAAGCGGAUCAUCUGUUUUGAAGUUGAAUGCUGUACGGCCUGCUGGUCAGUUGAAUACACUUGUGGAUGAGUUGCUGGUGGUGGUGGAGUUGUUGGUUGGUUCAGGCAGCGGCAUAACGGCGGAAGCUGAUGUUCGGUGUCUUAUACACUUUGUACUGGAUUGCUCUCAACCUAAUCAAGUUGCUCGUGUGCUCCAUCUCAUCUACAGAUUGGUGGUUCAACCAAACACUGGUCGUGCUGCUGCUUUCGCCGAGAUGUUUUUGUCAAACGGAGGCUCGGAAAUGAUGCUUGCUUUGCUGAGGAAGGAGGCAGAUAUGGGUGAGACGCCAGCUUACAUCCCUCCAUGUGCCCAAGAGGGUCCAAAGCAUGUAGCUGGUGAAAAUGAUUCUGCUGGAAGUGGGCUGUCGUCAGCACGAUCAUCUGGUGGAGAAACACCUGUGGAUUCAACAGGCCAUGGCUCGUUCUCGGGCCUGUCCCGUUCAUCUGCCUUGUCAGGGAGUCUGAGCGUGGAGAGCCUCAGCAGCAAGGAAGGAAGGUUUCCAAACUUGACAAUAACUAUGCCUGAGAAGACUAAGAGCACAGGCACUUUGUCUUAUACCUCCCCCCGAGUGAGCGGUAUGAUGUCCCCAUCUAUGUCACCAUCAUUUCGAUCCAGCAAGCUGUUGGGAGGAAUACAGCUGUCUGUAGGACCUGGUAACUCCAAUGCUUUUAGAAAUGUCGAUGGCGGGGAUGGUAUCAUGCUGGGAAUCAUCAGCCUUGUCGGUGCACUCGUGUCCGGGGGAUACCUGUACCUCUCAAGUCCUCUAUCACCCACAGGAGCGAUGGCAGCUAUGGGGGUAAGCACACCCACUGGAGCAGGUGGAGACCAGUCCAGAGGAGGGUUGCCACAGGUGGGGGCGAGCGUUGGUGUUUGGUAUGUCUAUGCGAUUCAGAGGGCAUUCCAAGCUGCGCCCAAGCGCCUUUUGACGGAUGCAGUUUACACUGUACUCUUGUCUGCCAUUCUUCGAUCAGAGGUGGUUACGAACAAUCCAGAGGCUUUGUACGAUGUUGGCCAUCGGUUUCAGAACACAGAUUUGUUGUCAGCUUUGCUGCAGUCUUUGCCGAUGGCCCCCAAGAAUAUGCAGAUGAGAGCACUUCAGGAUAUUCUCCUUCUGACAUGUACUCAUCAAGACAAUCGGAACAGCAUAACAUCCAUGCCGGAGUGGCCAGAGUGGUUGCUGGAAAUACUACUUUCUAACUACGAGACUAUCUCAGAUGAUCCUGAUGAGGUGGACAUGACUGAAGCUGCGAAUGAAUUGGUAUACGGCUUCCUGUCUAUCAUAUUGGAGCACUCUAUGCGAUCGAGGGAUGGAUGGAAGGAGGUGGAAGCAAUCAUUCAUUGCUUGGAUUGGCUAGCGGAAGUUGGUGGGUCGAAUCUUCCCGAUCGGCGAUUGAGACGGGAUCAAGCGGUACCUAAAAUCAAGCGUGCAAUUCUGGGUUCGUUGAUGGAGUUUGCUACGUAUGAGCUCAAGGUUCAGUUUGAUCGUCACCAACCGUCCCAUAACAUGUCUGCAUCAUCGGACCCGCUCGGCAUGUUGCAGACCCAGGUGGUGGCUGCAGUGGCCGCUGGGGUGGCCUCGGAGGGGCUGUCUCCUAGAGCGGCGAAGGCUGAGGCUGAGGCGGCAGCGCAGUUACCCCUCUACCUUGCUGAGAACUCUCUCGUGCUCUUGAUGCUUGUUGAGGACUUUCUGAGGGCACAAUGCCAUGCUUAUGGGGAGAAGCUGAAAUCUGCCUCAUCCAAGAACAUGAGUGGCACGAAGUCACCAGUUGCAAGGCUUCUUGAAGGAGUAGCAGCAGGGGGGUUUGAGAGAACAUCCAGCUUGGGCUUUGAGCGGUUGGGAAGCAUGGACCGCCCAGCUGGGGAUAUGGCAGAUGAACAUGAUGGUGUGUCGUUGGAGGAUCUAGCAGCCAUGGCAGAUUCUGAUGGGAGAAUCUCCACCGCUGCUAUGGAGCGAAUAGCAGCGUCAGCAGCAGCAGAACCCUAUGAGUCUGUUCGUUGUGCGUUUGCCUCAUAUGGAAGCCUUGGGAGUGAGCUUGGUCAUGGCUGGAGAACUCGCAGUCGGCUUUGGUAUGGUGUUGGUUUGCCGAGCAGAGGAGGGGUUUGUCCUGGUGGGGGGUGCGGUUGGGAAGCCUGGAUGAACACAACAGAGAGGGAUGAGGAUGGGGAAUGGGUGGACUUGACUCUAGUGAGAAAGGCUGUCGAUAUGCUUAGCUCUCUGCUUCUCGAGGAUACAAGCUAUUCUGGUGGCCCUGGGUCAGGUGCAAUGAGUGCAAUUGGAAUAGUGCCUGGGGUAAGUGGACAUUUCAAUUCUGCCGGUGGAGGUCUUGCUCCAGGUGUUCAAGGUCUUCAGCAAAUUGUUGACAGUGAUCAGCCGUUUUUUGCCAUGCUGAGAAUUGUUCUUGUGUCCAUGCGAGAGGAAGAUAAAGGAGGGGAACCAGCAGGAAAUAUUGUCAUGGACCGCAGUGGGGAGUUGGGCCCAAAUGGGAGACCCAUAUGGAGCCCUGAACCAGGGGGAAGACAAAGUCAAGGGGCUUGCCUUUUGAGAUGUGUUCUAGCACCAUUGAUGAACACGCCAAUCUCUGGUGAAAGGCGACAGAGAGUACUUGUUGCAGCAUGUAUAAUGUACACUGAGGUAUGGCACGCGGUGAGUGUGGAGCAUGAACCUAUUAGGAGGCAAUAUUUGGAACUGCUGCUACCACCAUUUGCUCAUUUGCUGAGGAGGUGGCGUCCUCUUCUUGCUGGCAUCCAUGGAUUGACGGAUUACGAGGGUCAAAGCCCGAUUGCAUUUGAGGACAAAGCGCUGUCAACAGAUGUGACACCUCUCGAGGCUGCUCUCGCAAUGAUCUCUCCGGGGUGGGGUGCUGCCUUUGCAUCUCCCCCAGCUGCUAUGGCGCUUGCUAUGGCUGCUGCAGGGGCUGGUUAUGGAGGUGAAAACAGCAGUCCCAUGAACCGUGGUGCUUUGCGCAGAACUUCGGAGUUGGAGAGCCCAACUGGAGGAUCUGGAAGCGGAAGUUCGGGGAGCGGGAAGUUGUUGAAUUUCAAAGACAUGAACCAGAAUGCCCCCAAGGAGCGCACAACACCGCCGUUGGACAGAGCAGCAGCAAAGGCCGCGGCCAUGGCCGCAGCCAGGGACAAAGAGCGAAAGGCAAAGAUCGGGGCAAAGAGAGGGUGGGGCGCCGUUGCAAUGUGUACGUCUGGCCAAAGGAGGGCAGAAUCAGAUGAUGAGCGCUUCAAGAGGUGGAACAUUCAGGAGGCCAUCGCUGCUGCAUGGGCUGAGAGUGCACAUGAUGCAGCCCGGCUUCCUGGGUUUGACCGUUUGUCCUCGCCUGUCAGGGGUUCAAGCGGGGGCUCAACUUUGGCAAUGCUUGUCGAAGGAGCAAGGAGAAUGCGGUAUGCGGAGGUCAACAGACGGGCAAUGGCCUCUGCAGCUGACGAUUAUUCUGUUUCCUUAGGUGCUCGUGGAUGGCGCUCACUUAUCAGGAGGUUGCUUGAAUCCGAUUCCCUGUAUGGUGCCAUUUCCAGGCCAUCAUGGCCGGUGCAUGUGUUCUGGAAACUCGACACGAUGGAGAACCGUCUAAGGCAGAGAAAGCGUCUCAAGACGAAUUAUAAGGGAACAGAUCACCUGGGUGCUGCUGCAGACAGUGAGAUAGUGGCAGCUGUGAAGAAAAGUAAAGCGGAGAUGCCUGAGGCUGCACCUGCCUUGUCACCGGAGUUUGCAGCCGGUUCUGGAGCAGGUAGCGAUGUGGCAGAGGAGUCAGAGAGGUACUCCGAGGACUCACUCAUGUCACCAGAUGCACGCCCAUCCAUGGAUGGUUCAGAAGCAAGUGUGGUUUCCCCAUCACGGCAGCCAGCCUCAACUGCUGCAGCAACUGCAGCUGCUGUGCCUGGUGUCCCAGGGCUCACGCCAACUGUAAUGGCCACUAUGGCCACGACUGUGAUGACAGAAGUGAAUGAGCGGGUGGUGGUGGAGGUGCCAGCCGCACUUGUGCAACCACUCAAAGUGCAGAAGGGAAGGUUCCAGGUCACUACGAAGCGAAUCUGCUUCAUUGUUGACGAUACAAUUAACAUGGAUACCCCCUCGGUAGAGGAAAGCACCACAGGUGAUGACUGGGAGUUGAUUGGGGAUGGUGCGUCAUCUGCUGUGAGGAGCUGUCAACAUAGGAGGGAUGGCGCUGAUGAUAGGUCUUGGCCAUUGUCUUCUCUAAGAGAGAUACAUAGCCGGAGGUAUCUUUUGCGGCUCAGUGCCUUGGAGCUGUUUAUGGUCGACAGAUCGAACUUCUUUUUCAAUUUUAUGGGUUCUGACGAGCGAAGGCGUGUAUAUAGAGCACUUCUCACAGUGCGGCCACCUUAUUUGAAUAAUGUCUUUGGAAGCACACAGAGACCAGAGAGGCUUUUGAAGAAGCUUCAACUCAUGGAAAGGUGGUCACGGAGAGAGAUUAGCAAUUUUGAGUACUUGAUGCAACUCAACACAUUAGCUGGCAGGUCGUAUAAUGAUAUCACGCAGUACCCUGUUUUCCCCUGGGUUCUGCAGGAUUACUCUUCAGGGACAUUGGAUCUGAACGAUCCCUCUGUUUUCCGGGACCUCUCAAAGCCAAUCGGGGCUCUGAACCCUGUGCGACUUGAGAAGUUCCUUGAGAGAUAUGACAAUCUGGAUGACCCAUUGAUUCCCAAGUUCCACUAUGGGUCACAUUACUCGAACGCAGGAACAGUUUUGUACUAUUUGUUGAGAGUAGAGCCGUAUACCUCUCUGGCGGUCCAGCUUCAAGGUGGGAAAUUUGAUCAUGCAGAUCGGAUGUUCGGGGAUGUGGGAGCCACGUGGCGAGGUGUCCUCGAGGACAUGAGUGAUGUCAAGGAGCUGGUGCCAGAGUUCUUCUUUCUUCCAGAAAUGUUCAUUAACCAGAACUCGUUAGAUCUGGGGAGAACCCAGAAAGGGGAAAUACUUGGAGACGUGAGUCUUCCACCUUGGGCAGAUAAUGCUAUUGAUUUUGUUCAAAAGCAUAGGGCAGCAUUGGAAAGUGAAUAUGUCAGUGCUCAUUUGCAUGAGUGGAUUGAUUUGAUCUUUGGGUACAAGCAAAGAGGCCCUCAUGCAAUCACAGCAGCAAACGUGUUUUAUUACAUCACAUAUGAUGGAGCUGUGGAUAUUGACAAGAUAUCAGAUCCGGUGCAACGAAAGGCAACACAAGACCAGAUAGCAUACUUCGGACAAACCCCAGCCCAGUUGCUAACGACUCCUCAUCAGCCUCGAUUGUCAGUACAUGAGGCUGUUCAUCUUCAGACUAUCUUCCGGAAUCCAUCUGCUGUUUGCAGCUAUGCAAUCGGUGGGCAGGAUCGCCUCAAUGUUCCCGCUGUGCAGCUUUGUGCAACCUCUGAGACCAUUGUCACAGUUCAAGGACCUGCUCCUGCAUGCCAUGUGGCAGUGCACAGAUGGCAGCCCAACACCCCAGACGACCGAGGCAUUCCAUUCAAGUUCCAGCAUGGACGAACAUUUAGCUCUUCUGGCAGUGGUGCCCUCAUGAGAAUGUUCUCACGAGGUCCAGCACAAACCCCAGCGAUGGUAAUGUACCCUCGUAUUCAUACGCUUCCUGCACCUGGCAUUAACAAGUAUGCUGUAGUAGCUAUAACUGCGGAUGGAAGGCAUCUCCUCACUGGAGGACACGGAGACUGUUCCCUUAAACUGGUGGAUGUUCACAGUGCGCGCGUUGCUGAGUCUGCAUAUGCUCAUUGUUCACCAAUCAGUUGUCUGGCGCUUUCUCCGGAUGGUAGCAUCCUUGUCACAGGAUCCAAAUUCGCAAUGGCUAUCUUGUGGCGGAUACACCGGACUUCAGGUAGCAAUUCCGGAGCCCAUGCAUCUGCCCAAGACCCAUCCAUGGUAGCAAUUGCAGCUUCAGCCGCAGGGUCAUCUGGAAUUCCUUCAUCACCCCAUAUGCCGUCAGAUGCAGAAGGCGAGCUCAUCGAUAACAGUGGCAGCAACUUCUCACGGAGAAAGUGCAUUGAGGGUCCUCUUCAUGUUCUAAGAGGACAUGUAGAUGAGCUGAUUUGCUGUGCAGUGAAUGCUGACUUGGAUCUGGUGGCCACCUGCUCCAAGACCAAAGGUGUCCUCCUGCACACCAUUAUGAGGGGACGACAUUUAACAUUUGGUUUUGGAUGUGGGCUGCUUUUCGGAUGUGAGCAGAUGGUGCAGCGCUUUGAGCUUCCAGAUGACGCAAGUGAUGUUACAGCAUUGGCGUUGACGGAGGAUAACACGAACUUGAUUGUGUCAACUUCAGACAUGCAGUUGCUUGUGUACACGGACCCCAGGGUUAGUGUAAUCAAGACUGACCAGAUGCUGCGGUUGGGAUGGGAAGGUGCGGGAUUAUCAGGCCUCAUGACUUGAGGGAUGAGUAUUGGAAAAGGAAGGGCCGAGAGUGCUCAAUGCGCGUGCUUGGGGGACAAAAUUGAGGGGAAUGGUGAAUCUCCGUAGCUCCAGGUGAGAAGAUCGUUAGUCGGCGCAUGAGGGUUGCUGUAACAAACAGCAAAUCAUGCC